UUGCAGGCAAACCUUCAAUUAUUUUCAUUUCAAUUUAUAUUCACAUAAAGUGUGAAUCAAAUCAGUAAUGGAUAUGAAGUCAGUUUCGGGUCCUAUCGUCGCGACGCGUCAACCGUUGACUGCAAUGACCGCAAACAACAACAGCCCGGAGUGCGCCGCCUGUCAUAAGGCCAUUAGAGAGCGCUAUCUGUUGAAAGCGUUGGACCAGCUCUGGCACGAAGACUGUCUCAAGUGUGCCUGUUGUGACUGCCGGCUCGGCGAAGUCGGAUCCACUCUCUUCACCAAAGCUAAUCUCAUUCUCUGUAAACGCGAUUAUCUCAGGUUAUUCGGUACGACUGGUCUGUGCUCUGCCUGUAAUAAAACAAUUCCUGCAUUUGAAAUGGUAAUGAGGGUUAGAGGAGGACAUGUCUAUCAUUUGGAAUGCUUUCAAUGCAAUCAAUGUAGCCAUCGCUUCUGCAUUGGGGACCGAUUUUAUUUAUACGACAACCGAAUACUGUGUGAAUACGAUUACGAGGAGCUGAUAAUGUUUGGCGGCGGCUCUUAUAACAGCUUAGAUCGGCUGAAG